GAGCCAAAUGACAUUUCUCCUUAAUCUUGAUCAAAAUGAUUUAUCCGGAAUAAUUCAUUAUUUUUUAACUCUAUCGUAAUUUUUGUAAUUUAUAAAUAAUUUUUAUGCGAUUAUCGUUAUAUCAGAAUGAAGAAUUAUUUUCGAACGUCACCUGGCAUACUUCCGAUUCUAUUUUAAUUGAUACGAAAACAGAUCAUUUUAAGAUAGUUCUUGAAUCUUUCCAUUUUUCUUUUUUUUUUUUUGUCUUCUCUUUUUAUCAUCUUGGUUAAAAUUCUUCAUUCGGUACCUUAAAUCUGCGUGCGCACAUAUAUGAUCAUGUUAAGAGAGAAAAUUGUGUCUAGUUCUCUCAGAGGUUAUUCAUCAUGAGAUAUUUUCAUUUUUAUAUCGAUUAAAAAUAUUUUUAUCGUAUAAAAAAUUAUGAAAUCAUGAAGUCAUUAGGAAUAGCUCGAUUUUUACCGAUAGAAUUACAAGUGUCACGAAACAGAAUUUUACAAAGGCAUUACACAAGUGAUAUACCUAAAAAUGUUUAUAUUAGUACGCCAAUAUUUUAUGUUAAUGCAGCUCCACAUAUUGGACAUUUGUAUAGUGCAACUUUAGCAGAUUGUAUAACAAGAUACAGAUCCAUGCUCGGUCAUUCCACAUUUUUAAGCACUGGUACAGAUGAGCAUGGUAAUAAAGUAGAAACUGCUGCAAAUUUAGCUAAGAUUCCAACAUCAGAUUAUUGUACAAAAAUUUCAAAACAAUUCAAGGAAAUGUGCGAUAAAUUUUCUGUGAAUUAUUCUGCAUUUAUUCGUACCACAGAACAACGUCAUCUCGAGGCAGUGCAUCAUUUUUGGAAUGUUUUGGAUACAAGAGGAUAUAUUUAUUUAGGAAAAUAUUCGGGAUGGUAUUGUACAUCGGAUGAAGCAUUUCUUACUGAUAUAGAAUUAGAUGAAAUAACAGAUGCAUCUGGUAAAACAAUUAAAGUCUCUAAAGAAUCUGGUCACCCUGUAGAGUGGACAGAAGAAGACAAUUACAAAUUCAGAUUAAGUACUCUACAAGAUGAAUUGAAAUAUUGGAUAAAAAGGAAAACUACCGUACAACCUGCAAAAUAUCAUAAGAUUUUAAGUAAGUGGAUAGAAGAAGAUAUAGAUUUGCAUGACUUAAGUAUAUCAAGACCUACAAGUAGAGUUCCUUGGAGUAUUCCAACGCCUCAAAACAAAAAUCAAUCCGUAUAUGUUUGGUUAGAAGCAUUAAUAAAUUAUUUAACUGUAUUGGGUUAUCCAAAUGAUACAUACAAGCAAUUUUGGCCACCAAGUUUGCAGAUUAUUGGUAAAGAUAUAUUAAAAUUUCAUGGUAUAUACUGGCCAGCAUUUUUAAUAGCUGCAGGACUUGAACCUCCUCAAACAUUACUGUGUCAUGGACAUUGGACGGUUGAUGAUAGAAAAAUGUCUAAAUCAAAGGGUAAUGUUAUUUCACCUUUUGAAGCAGCUAAUAAUUUUACAGAAGAGGGUUUAAGAUAUUUCAUCUUAAGAGAAGCUGUGCCUUAUAGCGAUGCAAAUUAUAGUGACAAUAAAAUCCUAAGAACAAUAAAUGCUGAACUUGCUGAUACAUUAGGUAAUUUGAUUAGCCGGUGUACAGGAAAAAUUAUUAAUCCAUGGGGAGAAGUACCUAAUCCAAUGGAGUUUGCUUAUGUUUUAAAAUCAGAUAUAGCUAUACAAACCAUAAAGAUCACAGAAUGCUUGGGUGAUAAUACACGAUCCCAUUAUGAAGAGUAUAAUCUACAUAAUGUAGUAGAUGUAACCAUGGCUGCAUUACGUAUGGUAAAUCAAAUGAUAGAAUAUCAUAAGCCAUGGUUACUAAGCAAAAAAUUAGAUAACCAAGAUUCUCUUAUGGAGCUCAAGGCUGUUAUUUCUGUCGCAUUAGAGAGCGUAAGAAUAUCCACUUUGGUAUUGUCUCCUAUUAUUCCAAGAUUAGCUAAUAAUAUUCUUGAUUUUUUGUUAAUACCAAAAGAAAAACGCACUUGGUAUGACACAGCCUCACAAUAUCGGGAGAAAAGUUUACCGAACGAAAGGAAUUUCGAUCGGAAUGGUAUGAUAUUAUUUAAACGAAUAAAAGUUUCAUAAAUUUGA